GGCAAAUGCUAUUGGCCACCAGGACCUGGCUGCAAAAUGGCAACUGUUCAAAAAGCAAAAGCCCCCAACAAAGACUGGAAAAUGUACAGCAUUGUGGUGAAAACUACCUACAGCACAUAUCAAGAGGCUCGUAGAAAUCUGGAUCAAGCUCAGUACUCUGAUGUUGAAUCUGAGCACCUUCAGAAACGGAAGGUGUCAAAGCCAAGUCGUUACAUCAGCGAUGAUGAAGUGCCUACUUUUCAUUCACGCCUCACUGGUUCAAAUGGACCGUCCACAGAUGAACGAAUGGAGAACACUUGUGCAAAUGCUUGCGACGAAUUUCACGAAGGAGGAAACCAGUUGCAAGAGGUUGGCAACCAACAGAAAGGACAGAUGUCAAAGCCAAGCCACACCUUCAAUGCUCUUUUGAAACCCCCCAGCAGCUUCCCUGGCCCAUCUGGUUCAACACACAGAGACUGCGACACUCCGGCAGAAAACACUGAAGAUCUUUCAAGUGACUCUGACGAAUCGGAAGAUGGUUGUGAGAUGCUGGAUGGCCAGGAGACUGACUGGCAUGCGUGA